UAAACGUCUGGAACAGGUGGUGUCUGCAGCGCCUUUGAUGCAAACAUUUCUGGACCGUCAGGUGGUGUCUGGUCACAGUCAUGUGAAACUGACCUUGGGACUGAAAUUAAAAUGCAAGGAACACAUCCUCCAGGCUCCCUUUCAUCCUUCCCUUCCUCAGUCUGCUCUCAAAAGGACAAUUUGGUUGUCUUGGCUCAAGGCUGUUAAGGACUGCCUGGACUCUUUUUUCGGGUGGGCCGGAUUAGCCCCAGCUCUGCUGAUCAUGGUCAACAAGACCUUAAACUAUUGGGAUCCCAAUUUUGAGGAUGAUGUCAUCAACAUCAAUGUUGGGGGCCUGAGAAGAAGACUUAGCUCAAGUGCCCUUUCCAAAUUCCCCGAUACUCGGCUGGGGCGCUUGCUGUCUUGUGACUCUGAGGAGUCUAUCCUGCAACUGUGUGAUGACUAUGACGUGAGCGCAAGGGAGUUCUACUUUGACCGAAAUCCUGGCUUCUUUCUGUAUGUACUCCAUUUCUACCAGACUGGCAAGCUCCAUGUUAUGGAGGAAUUGUGUGUCUUCUCCUUUUGCCAGGAGAUUGAGUAUUGGGGCAUUAAUGAGUUCUUCCUUGACUCAUGCUGUAGCUACCGCUACCAUGAGCGGAAACUGGAGAGUCGGCACCACAAUUGGGAUGAAGAAAGUGAGGUCAGCAGUGUGGACACCUCCCCGGAUGAGAUCUUGGAUUUCAACCAUGACCUGCUUCGUUACAGCACAUUGCGCUGUGGCAAUCUGCGCAAGCGACUUUGGCUCACCAUGGAGAACCCAGGCUACUCCAUCCCCAGUAAACUCUUCAGUUUUGUGUCCAUCAGUGUUGUACUGGCUUCCAUAGCAACCAUGUGUAUCCACAGCAUGCCCGAGUACCAACAGGAGGACGAGGAGGGCAAUGUGAAGGAUGACUCUGUGUUGCAAAAUGUGGAAUACUUUUGCAUCUCUUGGUUCACCUUUGAGGUGACCGCCCGUUUGCUGUUGGCGCCGAACCUGAGGAAGUUUUUUAAGCACCCCUUGAAUCUCAUUGAUAUUAUUUCAGUGUUGCCUUUCUACUUCACUCUUUUGGUGGAUUUGACCAUGGGGCGUGACUCAGAGCUAGGGAAUUUGGGCAAGGUGGUGCAAGUGUUUCGUCUCAUGAGGAUUUUCCGGGUUUUGAAGCUGGCAAGACAUUCAACAGGUCUGAGGUCUUUAGGAGCCACCUUAAAGCACAGCUACAGAGAAGUGGGAAUCCUUCUCCUAUAUUUGGCUGUUGGGGUGUCUGUUUUCUCCGGAGUGGCCUACACAGCAGAAAAAGAGGAAGAUGUUGGCUUUGACACCAUCCCAGCCUGCUGGUGGUGGGGGACAGUUAGCAUGACAACUGUAGGCUAUGGAGACGUUGUGCCAGUGACUGUCGCUGGCAAGUUGGCAGCCUCUGGUUGCAUCCUAGGUGGGAUUUUGGUGGUGGCGCUGCCCAUCACAAUAAUCUUCAACAAGUUCUCCCAUUUCUAUCGCAGGCAGAAAGCUCUUGAGGCUGCUGUGCGGAACAGUGGCAAGAAGGAAGGAGAGGACUCAGGGAAUUACCCAAGCCAGGAGUCGGAGGUUUUAAGUGAAGUCUACCAGAGAGAUGAUGAUCUCACCAGAAAUAUCCUUCCAGUCCGUUAAACAGGUGUGAGACUGGGGACGUUAGUUCCAUUCUGGUGUCAGCAGACAAGUUGAGAUGGCAGCAGGAGAGUUAUCUCUGCUCUCAUGGACUCCAUUUGUUAUUAUUACGGACCCACUCCAGAUGUUCAUGACUCAUAACCUCGUGCUCUUAGCCAGUGCAGAAUACCCAUGGACCUUAUGCAUCUGGACUUCCACCAGGACUUUUACACUGUGACUGACUCCACCCUCGACCUGUUGAGGGAUACGUUGAGCCAAAUGGCUAAAAAUGCCAUGUUUCUCAGUACAAUCCAUAUCAUAGCCGUCUAAAGAAUCAAAAGAGGGUAAAUUCAGCAUUGUAAUCACUGUUUUGUGCUGGAGGUUAUGCUACUGGGCUUCCUUCAGUUAUGACCUACAAACAAGUAUCUAAAUAUCUGGAAUGAAAAUGCAAGAUAAAUUUAGCCAGUAGGACAAUUAUACAGCCCAUGAUAGACAGAUAAAUAGAGAGGGAGAUGAUGGUCUCUUUUUCUUUUUACAUUCAUUUGCUAUCCCAGUAGCUUACACACACUUUUGACCAGAUAUCCUCAGCCUGGUGCCACUAAAUGCUCUUCCAUUGUUUGUCAGCUUGGUGAUACUCAACACAGUUUCUAUCCCAGACUAGUUGUUUUUUUUCUUUUUUCUUUUUGUGCCCUGAUACAUAAUUGAAUUUCAACUGUUGCCAAAGAAGAUUGGACAUUGGUUGUUAAGAUGAUCCGGACUGCUGUGACAAGUGGUUACUUAUGGCUUCCGCAGAACUGAGAUUGUAGAGGAAGGAAUCUCCUCAUUGCCUUAUAAAUGUCUGUCUAAUGGAGUCUGUGGAGACGACAAGCAACCUAGCUCAUGUAAUCUAGAAUGAUCCUAAAUAGAUCCAAACCUUAUGAAGAAAAACAGUGGGGGGGAGGGGAUUGUGAUGCCUGAAUGGGCCAGGUAGACUUGGAGCACAAGUUAUAACCAUGGGGUUGGGGGACCAGGGAGAAUUAACGUUCCUUAUAUAUGACCUAGUUCUCCCCUCCCACCCCUCCCAGUGGUUUGAAUGAAGUAGAUGACCUUAUAAAACUAUGCAUGGUACAGGGAAUGUGGAUAAAGAGUUUUUUUUUCUUCCUCUUUCAACAGUGGUACUAAUAGUCACCCAAAGAAACUGAUUGAUUGUAAGUUCAAAGUAGAUGACAGGAAGUAUUUCUUUGCACAGCACUUAAUUAACUCAUGGAAAAUUAACUUAUGCUGCCAUGAGAUGGGAGCCAUUGGCUUAGGUUUAAAGGAAAAUGAGAAAAAUCCAUAAGGGAUUUGUCUGCCAACAGCUAUGAUAGUUCAGAGCACCAACAUCUGAAGGCUUAAGUUCCCUGGAUACCAGUUGCUGAGGGGUGAUGGGAAGAAGCACAGUCCUCUUUAUGAUCUACUCUUGAGAUUCUUGGAAGCAUCAGCUAGUCACUCUAGGAAAGGCUUCUGGCCUCAAAAGGAACUUUCAUUUGAUCCAAGACGUUCUUAGGCUCACUAUAACGUGAGGGGAGAGUCCAUGUUUCUUGGUAGUUGCUGGUGACAAACAUGGAGACUUCUCAUGUGGUAAUGAAUUUAUGCCAAAGAAUUGAGGAACUAUUGGCCCUCCAAAUAUGAUGGACCCUAGCCAGCAUACUCAAAGGUCAGGAAUGAUGGGAAAUGUUAUCCAACAGCUGGAGUGUCAUAGGCUCCUAACCUGUUUUUUUGUUUUCUGUGGCUAUUUCAGCAGCAACAUUGCUGUGACUACUGAGUAGGUUCAUGUAGGCAACUGCAGCCCUCCCAGACUAAAGCUGUCAUACUUCCUCACCACUGACUAUGUUGUCUAGGGCUAAUGAGAGCAGAGGCCUGGAAACAUCUGGAGGGCCACAGUUGUCCAUACUUGUACUAGAGGAUAUUGAGCAUGGUGUGAUCUUGGUUUAUCAAGAAGUGUGAAAUAUGCAAUGCAUUUUUUUGAAGUUGUUCUUAUAUUAAUGUAUACAUUUACCUCAUGACUGAAGUUGCUUUAUUUCCCAGUAUUUUGCUCAUGUUGAAGGUUUCAGUGAGCCAUUUAGGAGAGAGUGGAUGAAGCAAAUGUCCAUCUAUUACUCAACAUACCAGAAGUUUGUAAAGUUAUUUUCGAGCUAAAAAUCCCCAGAACCCCUCAGUCAGUGGCCAUGCUUGUUAGAGGAUUUGGGAAGUAGAAGUGUGAGAAAAUAUGUUCUCCAAGUGUUGCCACAUACAUACAGAAGUACAGCUAAUACCAAGAGAAUAGCAGUGGGUUUUUAUCCCAGGGAUCACAAGAAGUUAUAUACUGUAUUUCAUAUGGCGUAAACUAAUAAGACUGAAGCAGCAUCAGCAUCAGCACAACGCUAUGCUUCUGGGAUUUCUAGCCCAAAAAGCAACUUUUCAAAUUCCUGGUAUGCUGGGCAUUAGGUGGAUAUUUGUUUCGUCCACCACCUCCUCAAAUGUUUAUUGAGACCCCCCAACAUGAGCAAAAGACUGGGAGAUAAAUUUCUGGGUGUUUUAGACUCUAGGUGGAGUUACACUGGUAUAAAUAUACCACACAUUUUGCCCAGCAAUAAAUAAUUGCACUAUGGAAUUGCACCAUUGGUCUUGCAUCCCUAGCAUAAUUGACUGUGCAGUGCACCAGUGGAAGUAAUUUGGGGAUAGCACCUCUCUCUUGGCUCUAGUGGAACUACUACCACACAACCUUAAGCUAUGAACACAUAGUUGUGCGAUUGGGUUUUGGCCAAUAUGUAUCCUUAAUUUGCUUAGGCAUGCUAGUUACAAAAAUUAAAUAAAAUCAUAAUGGGUUUCACUAUAGGCUAGUGGGAGAAAGGAGUAACUGUUGUGCUUCCUUUAGAAAUGCAAUUGUCCACUGUUAUUCAGGCCUGUUUCAAGCCGUAAUGUGAAAAUAAAAGUUCCUUGUAAUGUAAACUACAAAUAAUAAUGUGCU